ACUCGCUCAACUUUUGAAUUUUGAUUACGGCGGGAAUACACAUUCCUACACCACAAGUGUCUUCUGAUUUACGUUGUGUGUCGAGUAAGCACAACGUUAGGACACAAUUAUAAACGAGAAGAAGUAUUAGGGCACUUCUUGUUGUUAGAACAUUUGUCACGGAGUUUCUUCCGUAUAAAUAAACAGCGUUUUUUAAAGCAUCUAUGAAUCAAGUAUAGGCAGUCUAUGAUUUUAAAAUAAUUGUGAUUUCUUUUCCAUUUUGUAUUUUAGCACAAAAAGUCCACAAACAAACAUAUUGGUAUCUAAACCAAUGGAACGUAGACGUUCUACUAAAAGAGCUGCUCCAAGGAAAUCUGAGCCUGCUCCCGAAGAAAGGUUUUUCGUUAACCCAUCAUCUAUCAGCCCGCAUCUCUUCUGUCCUAUAUGCCAGGAGGCAUUUUCUAAUCCUCAACGUGCACCAUGCGGCCACUCAUUUUGCAAAAGUUGUAUCGACCCGUGGAUUCGUGACUCGCCUACCUGUCCGGUUGAUCGUUUGCCUAUCCCAAAAGGAUCGAUGCAUCAUGAUUUUAUAGUUGAAAAUAUAAUAGGCGAUUAUAAGGUAUCAUGUCCUUGGCGUUCUCUAGGAUGCGAUUUUAUCGGUCGCUUGUGCAUUUUACCCAGUCAUAAAAAAACGUGUCCAAUGAAUCCUGAACUACUUCCUGCAGAAUUACGUAAUCGUCUUAUGGUUGGUUUACAAAAUACAACUACAAACAGAAAUCAAUCUUCAGACUUGAAUUGUUAUUCUUAUAAUGAAAAGCUAUCGACAGCUCGACAGGAACCUACCCCUCCUGCAGUCAUAAAUAUCAGCACAAAUGAUGACAGUAAUGAAAGUCAUGCAUCAACUAGUCAUGAGAAUAGUGUAUUGUCACAGAGUGUUGGUCCCACUCUAUAUGACACUAGAAAUAAUGAAAGUGUUGAUGAAGAUCACCUUUUGCCUGCUCCACCACCUAGCCUGUUGUUUCGAUUAUAUCAGAAUUCAGAUGAGAAUGGUCGCCGUCUAUUACUUAACUUUCUACAAAGUGAUCAACGUUCCAUAAUAAAUACUGAAUCUACUUCUACCAGUGCAGGUAAUAAACGACGCCGUAGACAGUGAAAUCAAUGUGAUCCAAUCCAUUUACAAUUUGAAUGGCAUUUGUGUAUUCGUGCAUUUAACAAUCAUUGAGUGUAAAUUUCAAAUUGAAACUCUUCUCUGGGCAAUUUCUCUUGAUUUUGAAUGUGCACACAUGCUGUAAAUAUACGUGUUGUUUGUAAUAUAAUAUAUAAUAUAUGUAUUCAGGGAACAUUUUAAAUUUUGUUAACAUUUAGAGGUUAAAUCAAAGUUUUUAUUCAGUGAAUAAACUUGUAAAUUCAAUUUAAGAUAUGGUGUACUCAAAGAAUUUCCCCUUAAUUCAAC